AUGGCUUCCCAAAUUCUUGAGCAACGAGACGGUUCCACUCUCUUCAUCACCAUCAACAACCCGAAAAAGGGCAACUCCCUCAACGUGGAUCUCAUCGUCAAACUUCGCCAGGUCAUUGAGGAUGCAGGAAAAGACAACACCUUGAUUGCGAUUGUCCUAACGGGCACGGGAAAAUACUUUUGUACCGGCAUGGAUCUCUCCAGCAGCUCGUCCCUGCUCGAGAACGUCCCCAAGGGUGCGGAUCGAUCCAGCACGCAAGCCGGCCGUUUUGAACAGCUGCUAGACCUCUUCAAAGCCGUCGAGUUCUGCCCCAAGCCCAUCAUCGCCUUGAUCAACGGACCGUGCUACGGUGGAGGAACCGGCCUUGCGUUUGCCUGCGAUAUCCGCAUUUCAGUCUUGUCAGCCUUUUUUGUCUUGUCAGAAGUCAGACGAGGCCUCACCCCAGCUAUCAUAUCACCCUUCAUUGUCCGGGAAUGGGGAGCGCCACUGGCUCGGGAAGCCAUGAUUCAGGCGCGCAACGUGCCAGCCAAGGAGCUUCACGCCAAAGGGAGCGUACAUUACUUGGUCGGCACGCUAGCCGAGGGCGAAGAACGUGUGCAGCAGGUGCUGAAGCAGCAACGAGGCUGUGCGCCGCAUGCGGUGGGGGAAUCCAAGCGGAUGAUCAGAAACGCCCUGGACUCGCCUACGGUUGAGGAACGGGACGCCAACAUCAGGGAACUGUUCCUUACCAUGAUCAAGCCUAAUGAAGAGGUGGCAUAUGGAAUGAAGGAGUUUCAGGCGGGGAAUCGAAAUGUCGACUGGGCAGCGUGGUAUACCAAGAAGGCAUCUUCCAAACUUUGA